UACGUUAACAAUGGUAUAUGCAGUUAGCAAACUGAUUUCCUGAUUAGCCUGUUGGUUUUAGAUAAAGCUAGCUAGCCUUACGACUUCACACAUCUUGUGUCACGUCAGGACGGCGUAGCCGCCUGUAUAUGCUGCAAUGAGUGAUUCAGAUUGUGAAGUCCACGCAGCAGAAUCGGUUGCCUACCUCAACAGGACACUCAUCAGGCUGCAGGAUAUUUGGGAUGAAAUCGGGAUUCCAGAGGAACAGCGCCUACAGAGAACCAAGGAUGUUCAUAAGCACAUAAAAGGUCUCCUGGACCUGAUGAUUGCAGAAGAAGAGGGGCUCAAGAAAAGAUUACUGAAAGACAUACAGUCAUCUCUUAAGGAACUUAAUGAUUUGUGUGCUGAACUUCAGUUGCCCCCCUUUGAGGAAGAAGAUGGCUGCACCAUGUUGCAGAUGGAAAAGAAUAGCCGCACACGUCUGGAGGUCAUGAAGGCGCAAAAGAAGCAAAGAAUGGAAGAGCUCAAGGGCCUUGUUGACAAAGACCGCGAGCUGUGUGAUAUUAUGUGCACUACCCCAUUUUACAUUGACCAGGACUCAAUCCCAUCACUGAAGCAACUGGAGACAUAUCGUGCCUACCUGAAUGACCUGACCCAACAGAAGGAAAGUCGUCAUGAUGAAUUUGUCAGUGUUAAAAAGGAGAUCGCCAUAGUCAUGGAUGAGCUGGAGCGCCACCCAGAGACAAGUUUUGAAAUGGAUGUGAUGUGUGAGGAUGAGGAGGCAUUUUGUUUGUCAAAUGACAACAUUGCUGCCCUUAAACUACUCCUUAGUCAGUUACAAGAACGCAAGGCUGAGAAUGAACGUUGUUGUUCUGCUCAUCGCUCUAAAAUCCAGGAGCUGUGGGAAAGACUUCAGAUUCCCCAAGAGGAGAGGGAAUCCUUCUCUGAGCAUAUGGUCAAGUCUAAGAAGAGGAACAUUGAGGCACUCCAGGCUGAGGUCCAGCGUCUGGAGGUGCUGAAAAUGCAGAGCAUGAAGAGUGUCAUUGAAGCCAUCAGAGCUGAGAUUGCCCUUUUCUGGCAGCGAUGCUUCUACAGUCAAGAACAGCAGCAAGCUUUUGUUCCAUAUCAUUAUGAUGAUUUCACUGAAGAGCUUCUUAACCUGCACGAGGCAGAGGUCAAGACCCUGAAGAAGUGUUAUGAGGAACACAGAGAACUCUUUGAGGGAGUCACAAAAUGGCAGGAGAACUGGACCUUGUACUUGGAACUUGAUAAAAAGGCCAAUGACCCAUCCAGAUUCAACAACAGAGGUGGGAACCUUCUAAAAGAAGAGAAGCAAAGAGCUGACCUGCAGAAAAGUUUGCCUAAGCUGGAGAAGAGUCUUAAAGCCCAAAUUGAUGUUUGGGAGCAGGAGCAAGGCAGGGAAUUCCUGGUCAACGGACAGAAAUUUCUUGAGUAUGUGCAGCAGCAGUGGGACCACCACCAUGCUGAAAAGGAAAAAGAGAAACUGGACAGACAAUUGAAGAAAUCUAAGCAGAUACAGGAAGACAUGUUAUAUGGAACAUCAAUGAGAACACCAUCCAAAAGGCGGAUAGGAGGGACUCCCACGCCUGGAAAAGUGAGAAAGCUCAAUGGCACCUCGACCCUCUCCACUCCUAACAGCUUCCUUAGUUCAGGCCUCGGUGGAACCAUGUGCCAGUCCUCCAUCCAGAAACUACCUCCGUCUGCCAGCAAGGGUCAAGGCCUGCGAACCCCUGGACAUGGAAAGACUCCCCGUGCACUAGACCGAAACAAGGAAAACAUCUCCCAUCUUAGAAACACUCCAGGUGGCACACUAAGGUCUCAGGAUACUCAAGAUCACACCUUCACCUUUAACUCUGUCGCUGGCUCCUAUUCGGAAUUUGCGAGGGACCUCUCGAAGGCUUCUAAAUCAAAUGUGAAGGCAGGAGUGCUGAACUCCACUGUCAGCCAUCAGUGAUGAGUCCAAGGAGCAGCUCCAGCGCCGGAGGUUGUCCAGCUCAGCUGAAGUCUGGUGUAGUUUUCUAGUGGACAAGAGGGAACUUUCAUGUAAACUUCUUACAAAAAAAAUGUAAAUAUUUAAAUCUGUGUGAACAUUUCAAGUCUCAUCUAUCCUAUCUUUGUAAAACUUCUUUUCAGGGUUAUUUGUGGAGCAGUUUUCUCUGCUGUUUGCAUUUUUGUGGCCAGUUAUUUGUACCAAGGCUGCUGUGGCUCUUUUGUUUGACAUUUUUCUUUUGGGCUACAGCCUUUUAUAUAACCAUAACCACAUCUAGAGCACUACUUUGUUUUGUUUUUUUAGUACUGUAGCAGCUAGCCAACAUACCAUGGUUUUAUUCCUUCAGCUGGGAUGACAGCUCAAUUUUCUUUUUAGAAACUUAAUAUUCUGAAUGCUUUUUUAAAAUCAAGCUGUAAAUAAACAUUUUUAAAAAUCA